UCUUCUUUCCUGGUGGCCUCCUGGAUAGAGAUCUAGCCAAAUUGGUGACCUAAUAAUCGCGGCCACAUUGUCCCUCCCUCGACGAGGAUUUCAAUUUCUCUCCCACCUAGGGUUUAUGCUAGAUGCAUUUUGCUACUUCUAGGGUUUAUCCGCGCGCCAGUGUCGACGGCCCGACGAUUGCUCGCCCCGGAUCGAGUCGCUGGAGCGCCUCCUCUCCCCCUCCCACCCCAGCGGCUCGGAAUUUUUCGAAUUCCUCCUCGGCGCGGAUGACAGCGGCCUAGAUUCGGUAAGGCAUCCAGGCGAAUCAAGCAUGCUCGCGCCCCAGGCAUGCGUGGAGAAUGCUGCUCAGGAGAAAGGAGCAAUCAAAAUUUUGACGGAGGAAGUGCAAACGAAAGAAGGCGAUACGUAUUUCCUUGUUUCUGCCAAAUGGUGGAAGAAAUGGGUAGAGUACAUUCAAGAGGACUGUGCAGACUCUCUGGAGGCGUUUUACUUCGAACCAAAUGGCUCGAAGCGCCCCCCUAGUAUAGAUAACUCUGAUUUGCUAGAGGAAUCCACUGACUCGCUCCGGAACACAUUGGUGGAAGAGCGUGAUUACGUUCUUUUGCCUGAGAGGGUCUGGGAAUCGCUACACAAGUGGUAUGGAGGAGGUCCAGUUUUAUCCAGGAAGGUGAUCAGUGUAGGCUCGACGGAACUCUGCGUCGAAGUUUACCCGUUGCAGCUCAAGAUUAUCGUCCAACCAAGUGGUGAUCAUACUAUUGUGAAUAUAAGUUCGAAGGAAACUGUAAAGGAACUCUAUCGAAGGGUUUGUGAAUUAUUGGAAACCAGUGAAAUAAGACUUUGGAAAUACUGCUGGCGGACGAGGCAAAAAGAGCUUCUUGAUGUCAGUCAGACUUUACAAGACGCAGCCUUGCAAAUGGGGCAAGAAAUCCUAUCUGAAGUUCGAGUGAAUGGUAAAUGGCCAGACGAAAUUUUUCUCAACGGUGGAAGGGGCUCUAACUUUUCAUUUGGCGGAAGCAGAGCUAGCAGCACCAUCACAAAGCACUCUGGCUCGAUUGCCUAUUGGGGAGGCGGACCGCAAGGACUGGUGGGGCUCCAGAACCUUGGAAACACAUGCUUCAUGAACAGUGCUCUUCAAUGUUUAGUGCACACGCCUCAGCUUACCACUUUUUUCCUCCAAGAUUACAGUAAGGAAAUUAACAGGGACAACAUGAUGGGAACAAAAGGAGAACUGGCAGUCGCAUUUGGAGAGCUUCUACGCAAAGUAUGGUCACCAAAAUCAUCCCCGUAUUCUCCACGUUCAUUCAAGAUGAAGCUCUCUCGUUUCGCUCCGCAAUUCAGUGGGUUUAAUCAGCACGAUUCACAGGAGUUGCUGGCAUAUUUACUGGAUGGACUGCACGAAGAUCUAAACCGCUUAAAAACAAAGCCUUACAUCGAAGUGAAAGAUGAGGAUGGUCGGCCAGAUGAAGAGGUCGCUGACGAAUAUUGGGAAGCUCACAGGGCUCGGAACGAUUCAGUAAUUGUUGAUGUGUUUCAGGGCCAGUACAAAUCAACUUUAGUCUGUCCAGUUUGCAGCAAAGUGUCAGUGACAUUCGACCCUUUCAUGUAUUUGUCUUUGCCUCUCCCUACGAACACUCGUACUAUGACAGUUACGGUGAUAAGUUCCGACGGCAGCUCACCGCCAAAGGCACACGCAGUUGUGGUUCCACGACAGGGCAAAUGUAGGGAGCUAGCAAAAGCCGUAGGCAACAGUUGCGGCUUGAGCACCGACGAAAUGCUGCAGCUUUUCCAGCUCAAAAGCCAGCAUUUACUAGAGGACACCUUGGGUCUGUCGACCAUACCAGAUACCGACCAGCUGGUGGCUUAUAGGCUUCCAAAAUUGUCAGAGAGUGCGCAGUUCGUGGCCUUCAUCCAGGAACAACUGGAAGAAAAGGAUCGUUUCAGAGUUCCUUUCAUCAUUCCCAUACCACCGGAGGGCUUCAGGACGGGCGAAGACAUCAAGCGUGCCUUCGAGAAGCUACUCUCUCAGAUGAAAACGGACUCGGAGAUGUUUGAUUCCGAUAUGCUAGACCGGGCGUCGUCGGACUGCCCGUUCAGCUUGUGGACAACGGACGAAAGAGCCACAAAGUCGCACCUGAUCGAGUUUGACAAACCGAUCCCCUCGGACCUCUAUCCAGCGCGGAUCAACACAAAGUACACGUACGUGUUCGUGGAGUGGUCCGACAGGGUCUCAGAGUUCUACGACUUGAGCUUCCUGGACAGGCUCCCAGACGUUUGCAAGGCUGCGACUUCCAAGAAGUUGAGGCAGGAGGCAGUGUCUCUCUACACUUGCCUGGAAGCGUUUCUAAAGGAGGAACCACUGGGGCCGCACGACAUGUGGUACUGCCCGCGCUGCAAGCAAAGGCAACAAGCGAGCAAGAAACUAGAUCUGUGGCGACUACCCGAGAUCUUGGUCGUCCACCUCAAGAGAUUCUCCUACGUCCGCUACCAGAACAAGCUGGAAACGUUCGUCAACUUCCCGAUUCACGACUUGGAUCUGACCAAGUACCUGGCACACCGCAGCGUUCCACAGCAGCACGAGUACGAGCUCUACGCAGUGAGCAACCAUUACGGUGGAACAGGAGGUGGCCAUUACACAGCAUUUGUGAACCUGGACCUUGACGGCCAGUGGUACAAUUUCGAUGACAGUCACGUCACCCCAGCAAGCGAAGAUCAUCUCAAGAGUCCCGCAGCGUACGUUUUAUUCUAUAGACGAAAGAAGAACACCGAUAAUGCCACCAGUAAUGGGCAACUCAGCCCAAUUUUGUGACGCUGGUAACCAUUUCUCUCUUUCCGAUCUAAUCUCUGUGUAGCGGCAGGCAAGCACAGCGUUGUCUCGUUCCUCCCACUGCCAUGGAGAGCUGUAAUUUCCUUCCAUUGAAUCACAAACAAACAUUCAAGCUA